AUGGCCCCAAUCAUCGCAACUACACUGGAUGCCACAACGGCUCUUCUCAAACGUGACGCCGGCUCACCUUCAAACUUUCCUCUCUACGUUUUCGCUAUUAUCGUCGGUUGUGUGGCGAUUGUUCUCAUUGGAUUCGGCAUCUGGACCAUGUAUCACGGCAUAGAAAGCGGAACCUUCUUCGAUAUUGGCUACGACCAGCGGAAAUACAUGCGUGAAGUACGACAAAGAAACACCAACAGCCUUGCUGUCCUUGCAAGAAGGCCUGAUAUGAUUGUUCCGGUCGAGGAAUUGAAUUAUUGA